AUGGAUACUCCUACUGUCUCGAUAGACUAUUUUUUCAGAUUUUCCACCUUUUUAACUCUCCUUAUACCGACCUUUAUAAGUACUAAUACUUACCUUAACGUUUUUAACUUUAACUUAUAUAUAUAUAUAUAUAUAUUCGUUACCUCGUUUCUUUUAUAA